UCUGAUGGAAGCUGGUGCUGCCGGCAGUUUGGAGGCUCGGAGCUCCUGCAUUCAGCUUCCUGUUUGGCUUACACACAUUGUGUUCCAGCGCCCUCUGGUGGUUUGUUGCUGAACAACAAUGAUUAAAGUUUGUUCAAACCUGGCGUCUGACGUCAGUUUGGGCGCCAAAUUUGAAUAUAUAAAGCCUCCAGUCCUUCCAGGCUGUGCUGUUGCAGCCUUGGGUUGGUUACUGAGGCAGACUACUUUAGUCACCAGCUUUCCUGUGUCUGAUAAUGUCCUCUGCCGGUGAUGGGGAUCGGACUGGGCGCAAGACGUCAUCCAAGCGCAAGCAUUUGGCGUGUAGGGAUUGUGACACCCCUCUAGCGGACUCCUAUGAAUUUAAUAGGUGUCCCUCUUGCCGUCCUCCUCCUCCUCUGCCUCCUGAUACGGAGCCUACCAUACGGGACGUAGUAGUCUGGGUAAAGGACUUUGUGGAGUCCUCAAUGAACACCCUAAGGGAUUCCGUGUCAUCCAGAAGACCCAGUGUCCGAUCUCCUCUGAGACCCACUCCUAUGCAGGAGGAAGUCUACCAUACCGUGGACGAAGUCCAUUCCUCUGAGUCUAGCGGGGAGGAAGAAGAGGCUGGAAGGUACGCCUUUCCUGUAGAGAAGACCCAGAGGUUACUUAGAUCCAUCCGGUCGGGGGACCAGGAUGUUGAUCCCGGGGAAGCUUCAGAGUCCACCUCUAGGGGGCCAAGGGCCUUCAAAGUGGACGAGACUCUGUCUCGAUUAAUGAAGCUAGAAUGGAAACAUCCUGAGAAGGCACCGGUCAUCUCAAAGCGCUUCAAGUCCAUGUUCCCGAUUGUGACUUCCCAAUUUGACCAGUGGGGCACUGUGCCCAAAGUUGAUUUGGCAAUUGCAAAAUUGUCUAAGAGGACUCUUGUCCCGGCUGAUGACGGCUCCAACUUACAGGACCCGAUGGACAGGCGGGUAGAAUGCACCUUGAGAAGGUCUUACUCCACUGCUGCUGCUGCUGCAUCUGUGGCCAUAUCCUCUACGGAGGUAGCCGUCUUCCUCCAAAGACGCCUCCGACAGGUGCAGUCGGAUAUCGACUCUGGCAUAUCCCGUGAUGACAUCCUGGCGCAGUUUAAGUCCAUUCUACGUGCCGUGGAAUUUCUGUGUGACUCUGGCCCACAACAGUUAAAAUUAGCCUCUAAAGCUAUGGCCCUCUCUGCAGCGGGUAGGAGGCCACUAUGGCUAAAACCUUGGGUGGCAGAUAAUGCCUCCAAGUAUAAUUUAUGCAGCCUCCCUUACGAGCCAGGAAGGCUUUUUGGGACUGAACUGGACCGCAUUAUGGAGGGUCUUGCCGAUAAAAAGGGCAAAUGCCUUCCUCAAACCCCUAAGGGUAGGGGUAGGCAGGGUAGAGGGUCCAGAUCCUUUCAGGGCCAAUCCAGGCCUCAGCGAGGCCGUGGGUCCAGGAGGGGAGGAUCAUAUCGUUCCGGUGGGAACAAAAACAAUAAAGCCGACCAGUGACGGCCCUCCCCUUCCGUCAGAUCCAGUCAUAAAUUUGACUCCUAUUCUUUCAGACCUCCCAGUCGGAGGCCGUUUAACUUUUUUUCUAAAUACCUGGACAGAGUUUGUUCCAGAUCCCUGGGUCCUGAAUAUAAUAAGGACAGGGUACAGGAUAGAAUUUUUAUCUGUUCCCCCAGAAAAAUUUGUUUUGACAAGAUUACUUCCACGCGCGAAGCAAACGGUGUUGGAGGAGUCUAUACUGGAAUACAGGCGGAAAGGGGCCUUGGAGGAGGUUCCUCCAGAAGAGAUUGGAUCCGGCGUCUAUUCGCCAGUUUUCCUUGUUCCCAAAGCCACAGGAGGUUGGCGCAUGAUCAUAGAUCUCCGCUACCUCAACCGAUUCAUAAAGAAAAGGCGGUUCCGGAUGGAAACCAUCAAAUCGGUAAUCAGCAUCCUGAGCCCAGGGGACCUGAUGGUCACACUGGAUCUAAGGGAUGCCUAUCUCCACAUCCCUGUGUGCCAGGCCCACAGGAAGUAUCUACGAGUGGCAGUAAGUCUCAGAGGGACGGUGAAACAUUUUCAGUUUGCCGCACUUCCCUUCGGCAUCACAACCGCGCCCUACAUCUUCACCAAAGUGGUGAUAGCUGUAGUAGCUCCCCUCAGAUUGAGAGGCCUGGAGAUCAUUCCAUAUCUGGACGAUUGGCUUCUAAAAGCCCACUCGGUAGAGACGCUUCAUCUUCAUCUUCUGCAGGCUCAGUCCUUCCUCCAGCGCUUGGGCUGGAUUAUCAAUUGGCAGAAGUCAGAGAUUUCUCCCUCCACUACCAGGAGGUUUCUGGGGUUCAUAAUAGAUUCUGCCAACAUGACGCUCUACCUUUCUCCGGAAAGGAAGUUACGCAUUUCCAAGACUGCAGAUCAACUCAUGGUUCCCCGCCGGGUAACUAUCAGAGUAUUGAUGAGGAUGUUAGGCCUAAUGUCAGCAGCCGUGGAUGCGGUUCCUUGGGCCUUGUGGCAUAUUCGCCCUCUUCAAGCGGAAGUUCUGAGUCUAUGGGAUCGAACUCCCAGAGGGCUAGAGACAAAGUGCUCCCUGUCAUCUCAAGCUCGCCGCUCACUGAAGUGGUGGAAACAGGUCAAAGAUGGGAGGUCCUUGAUCCAACCUUGUUGGAUCCUGUUGACGACAGAUGCAUCCCUUCUAGGCUGGGGUGCCCAUCUAGAGGAACUUCAAGUUCAAGGAUCCUGGAGCCCUCAAGAGCGUUUGAUGUCAUCCAAUCUGAGAGAACUCAGAGCAAUCCGGAUGGCUCUCUUUCAUUUUUUCCCCCUUAUCAGAAACAAGGCUGUAAGGGUUCGCUCAGACAAUUCUACUGCGGUAUCUUACAUCAACAAACAGGGAGGCACCAGGUCUCAGAGUCUACUCUCAGAAGUAGGUCUAAUUCUGUCUUGGGCAGAGCAGAAUCUUUCCCACCUUUCAGCAGUCCACAUUCGGGGGUCCCUGAAUGUGGUUGCAGACCAGCUCAGCAGAGGAGUCCCAGCUCUGGGAGAAAUGUCUCUGAAUCAGGAGAUCUUUCAUCAGAUCACUCUCCGGUGGGGUCGCCCGGACAUAGAUCUCAUGGCGACAAGAUUCAAUGCCAAAGUGGAAACGUUCUGUUCCCUGUAUCGGGAGGACAAUCCCUUGGCAGUAGAUGCUCUGUCAAUUCCAUGGGAGUUCAGGCUGGCCUACAUCUUUCCUCCCAUCGCCAUGAUACCCAGGGUAUUGAUGAAGAUUCGGCAGGACCAAGCCUCAGUAAUAGCCGUGAUUCCAUUCUGGCCCAGGAGGUCUUGGUUUACCCUGCUCAUGCAGAUGAGCCGAGGGCAAUAUUGGAAGCUUCCCCCAAUGCAGAACCUGGUGUCCCGGGGCACUCAGCUCUGCCUGGAUCCAUCCAGACUCAAUCUGACAGCCUGGAGAUUGAUGAGUCCCUUCUAGAGCCGGAAGGGCUAUCAGCAGCGGUCUUAAGAACGAUGUCUCAUUCCAGAGCUCCUGCGACUGUC